AGGGUCAAUCAUUCUUUUUCAAAGAAUCAUUUUUGGUUGUCGCGUAUAGUUUCCUCUUUCGGUUCCGCUUAAAUGAGCAAUAUGUAGUGCAUUGUGUUUUGAAGAGACUAGUAUGAAGCUCUUGGAUUGUCUGAUUUGGAAUCCUUGAUUUCAUACAUGUUCUUAUCUAAACGUAGCAGAAAGCGGUAGAGAAAUCUUCUUUCUGGUAGUUUUUGUGAAUGUCACAGGGCACCGGUCGUGCAUACAUUAUUUAGUAAACUUUCCGUAUGUAGUUUGUGUGUCCUUUAGGCAUUCAGCAAAUCAUGCUCUUCAGCAAAUCAUGUCGUGUACCAAAUCAACUUGAAUUUUCAGUGAUAGAUCACCAUUGAAGUUGCCGCUGAUAUUUGUGCAGAGAGACUAGACGACGUCGUCACGGCAACGCCAUGAAUUCUUGGUGUGAAGAUCGUAGAUUAUUUAUGGGCUUGAACUCAUGUCAUAAAACGGUAGAGUUGUGAUUAUCUAGGACAAAAUCAUGAGGAAUAGAUCAUAAGUCGAUUUUCUUUUGAAUAUCCCAUUUGAGGUUGUUCUUCUUUUAUCAUAAGAAAAUACCUUGCUAGUACUGCACUACUUUCAGGACAUUGCGUAAACGGUAAAACGGUAUCGUUUAUUCCCAGUCAUUCUCUCUGACAAAUGUCGCGUAGGGGGAGGUGCGUAGAUUCUUGCGCGCUGCGCAAGCAUUCGUUUGAUCGGCAUUGUUUCCUGUUUGCGUCCGUCUUGUGCUAUUUCGGGUUCUUCGCUGGCACCUCGUAUGCGUACCCUUCGAACCGCGAUAAGAUUCCCAACGCUUGGGAGUUUCUGUAUCUAGGUCACGCCAAGAAGCCGGGAGGAAGCGGCACGCAUAACAAUGCUUUUGGUACUGCGUUCAUGGGAGCAGGGUGGCAGUGGACACAGGCCUUGUGCCAAGCAGACUCGGACGGCGACGGGUUCACGAAUGGGCAAGAACUGGGAGAUCCGAACUGUACUUGGCAGGAAGGCGACCCGCAACCGUCGUGCGGUGGCUGUCCCUCGCACCCAGGAGAUUCAGAGGACGCAGCAAUGUGCGGACAAGGGGAGAAAUACUGCGGGCAAGUGGAAGAGAAGGAAUCUCGGCUGCGUUUGCACGGCGCGUUAAUGCUGAUUGCGUGGUUAGUCUUAGCACCAGCUGGGGUCGCGAUCGCAACCUUCCGACGACAAGCUUAUGGCGGUCAACAAUCUUCGGACGGGGGUGGUUCUAUCGCACAGUCGGGCACCAGCAUUGCACCCGCAGGCGUGACAAGCAGGGACGCGGAGGAGGGGGAAACGGCAUUGAAGAAACCUCCCGCAACGACGUUGAUGCUCAUGCACAAGCUCACGCAGGUUGCGGUAAUAAUCAUAACGAUUGUGGCCUUGAUACUACCGUAUGCAGGUCACAGCCACGGUGACGACGAUGGUGGCGGGCAUUCGCACAACACACUUGUGUCGGUUCACGGAGCGCUCGCCUACAUCAUUGUUGCACUCGCAUGCUGCCAGUUUCUUCUCUGGGUCGCACGACCCUACGUUCAAGCAAAAGCGCGCGCUGGGAAGGACAACGCCACGGAGUUAACGGAGGUGGCGCAAAAAGGCGACGUGGUGCAGAAUAGUACUAUCGUUGAUACUUCUAAGGGAGGUGGUGAAUCGGCGAUCUGGGAAAAAGCCUCUGAGAACUGGCUCGCUACUCAUCGUUGGAGUGGAAUAUUGUGCUUUUCACUCGCGGGUGCAAACGUUUUGCUUGGUUCGUGGCGUUUCGACCAAUUACACACAGAUUCUAUCUUCAAGAUCACGGCCCUUAUCCUUCUUCCAUUGUCAAUUAUCGUUUUGAUCGCAGCACGAGUUCUUGGCGGGCGUGUUGGCGCAGCCUCGUCAAUGUCGAGAAACGAAAGUGCGACAGGAGAUACGCCAUCUAAAGCAUAGAGAUUCACAGCGCAAGCUCUUAUUUCCAGAGUGAACAGUAUUCGAAUUUACAGCAUCAUGAUCAAGAAAUUAACAUAUUUAUACUGCGUGUAGAGAAACAAGUGUUUAAGAAAUGUGAAGUAUUCAUCAUGGCGGUUCAAAAGUUUAGUUCCUAUUAUAAUUGCCAUGAUUACAGAUUUAUCCAGUAAAAACGUCGUGUGUUGUCAAUCAACAAAUGAUCUCACAAAACGGGCUGCACGCCGUUUUGGCUCAGAUUGGCUCAGCUUUUUCAUUCUUAUGAGAGCAUGCACGUCAAAAUCAUACAUCUUUUCUUUAACAUCGGCGACUUCUUGCUCGCUCGAUUAUGGAAAAGCAGUAGCGAUGUUUAUCACGACUGAAUUUGAGAGCUUUACUAGCAUCCUCGAUUACAAAUGUUACAAAAAGCAGUUUCCACGCGUUCGCCGGAAACGUGUCUGCGGACAAUCGCGCAUCAUCGCGUUGAACAGUCGUGACAAGUUUAGGUAUUACUAGAGAUCAUGAGUGGCCAAUCUAUCAUGCUGUCUCUUGUCAUAUGGGUAACAGAGAAGGUCUGCUGUGUAGACGCGAUAUUGUCGCUUUUGAAAAUUCUUGGUAUCAGAAGGUAGCAAGUGGAUAGUUCUGGUGAGGGAGAGCUAAAUUUGCUGAGUGAUCGAUUGUGG